AUGCCUUCCGCUCUGCAGGCCGACAUGGACCCCGCCGUCGUCGGCCUCCCUGCGUCCACCGCCAUCGCCGGGCUUCUCGCUGUCGGCGCCACUGCCAUCGACACUCUCAUCGAUCUCAACAUCUCACCUCAGCACGACACGGCUAUUCUGAACCUCUUCCUCCGUGAGGUCAAGGAGUGUCGCUCUUCGAUUCACGCCCUCUGCAAGACUCUCAGCCUCAUCGAGAAUGCUCAGAUUCCAUUCCCAGCUCGCGCAACAUGGAUCGGCCUCGAUGAGCUGGUCGCCACUCUGACCGACACAGUUCUCGCCUUUUCUCGCAUGUAUUCCCUGUGCUGCGCACUCGACGAGGAGGCUGCGCGCUCGAGCCCUGAAGAUGCCACAAGACACCUGGAGAAGCGCAUAAGGGCCCUGUGCGCCCGUGUCCGGUGGCAUAACUUGUCAAUCGCCAUGAUGAUGACCGUAAUAAACUGCCCCGGAGAAAAGGACGCGAAAAAUAGCCGCGACGAACUUGCCCACCGCAUUAGUCGACUUCUCACCUUCAACGUUGGUCUCGCAUCCCGUUUGCGAAGCGGCAGCCGGCCCGGAUCCUCGGCCGCCAAGCCUCCGUCCCCCGGUGCCCAGCCCACCGAGACCUCCGCGAUCGCCCGUGCAGAAGUGGGUCCCACCCCCGGAUCUUGGCCCUCCAACUCGGGCACCCUCGCCGAUCGAAAGGCCAUCUCCCGCCUCAUCCUGCCCGUCACACUAGAGGAGCUGCGGGACGACUUCGAGUACUAUGUGCCUGACAUCCCCGAACAGAUCGGGGGCUGUGAUUUUGUCACAGGCGGUGUGCUUGUCGGCACUCCAUAUGAAUUUACGCCGGCGCGAUGA